CUUCUUCUGAAUGGCAAGUAGGGUCCACUACACAGUGAGCCAAAACCAAAACUCACAUUUCGCAUCCUUUCUGCUCACAAUCCCAUAUUGGGAACCAAAAUUCAAUUCACCAAAACCCUAAUUUCCUUUAUCUCCAACUCUUAGAUCUUCACGUUUUAGGGUUUUCUCCACGUUCCGCAAUGCACAAAUUGGGCAGAGGUCAUCGCGACAAACUCCAGCAGUUCAUAACAAUAACUGGAGCUAGUGAGAGAGUAGCGCUGCAAGCUCUGAAGGCUAGUGAUUGGCAUCUUGAAGGAGCAUUUGAUUUCUUUUAUAGCCAGCCCCAGCUUAAAACAUUUACUGAUUCUAGACACUUGGAGGAGCUAUACAAUAGAUAUAAAGAUCCGUAUGUUGAUAUGAUUUUGGCAGAUGGUAUCACUCUCCUUUGCAAUGAUAUCCAGGUGGAUCCUCAAGAUAUAGUAAUGUUAGUUCUUUCAUGGCACAUGAAGGCUGGCACCAUGUGUGAAUUUUCUAAGAAGGAGUUUAUUGAAGGUUUACAAUCUUUGGGGAUUGAUUCGCUCGAAAAGUUGCGUGAAAAGAUACCAUAUAUGCGGUCUGAACUGAAAGAUGAACAUAAGUUCCGUGAGAUAUAUAACUUUGCUUUUGGCUGGGCAAAGGAGAAGGGUCAAAAAUCUCUGGCAUUGGAUACAGCUAUUGGUAUGUGGCAAUUAUUGUUUGCUGAGAAGCAGUGGCCACUGGUUGAUCACUGGUGCCAGUUCUUGCAGGCUCGGCAUAACAAAGCAAUAUCUAGGGACACAUGGUCUCAGCUUUUGGAGUUUGCUAAGACUGUUGGCUCAAAUUUAUCUGAUUAUGAUGCUGAAGGUGCUUGGCCAUAUCUUAUUGAUGAAUUUGUUGAGUAUCUGAAUGAGAAUGGCGUCAUCCAAAAUGGUCAGAUCACUGAUUCUAGUCUAAAACGAUGACGCGCUCAGUGACAUGAGAGAAUAUCAUCUGUGGUCUCCUGUGAAAUGGGUUGUGCUAUUCUGUUAUUGAACACCUCUUUGUUAUGAAGGGGGAUUUAGUCUAAAUAUGCAAAAGAAGAGGACAUGGCUGCUAGAGCAAAAUCAUUUUUGCUGACGAGUAGUAGCAUCAUUUACUUGUGAGAUUGUUGAUAUGGUACAUGAAUUUCUUUGGGAAGUAUUGUGGGAUUGGUAACGGGAGCCUGCUAAUUCCAUGGUGUUAUAGUUUCUUGCCCUUUUUAAUUUAAUAAUUUAUUCUUGUAUGAUGUCUUGUUAGAUAAGGCACUUGUGUGAUUGUGAUUGGCUGUCCUUGUUUAUGUUUAACUUUAGUCAUUUUGUAAAAUAUGUUGCACCAGGUUAUUUAAACAUUCAUGAAAUAGAAAAGAAAGCGGGGAAAAUUAGCUAG